AUGUUGUCCCGCAGUACUUGGGGCGCGACGUCGUCGCUACUAUUACUCGCUUUGUCCCGCUUCUCCAACGCUGCCUGCGAAUGCGGCUACUCGGUUAACAGCACAAGCGACUCGAACUAUGCCGUCUUCACAGAGCUCAUGGAAAAUGACUUUUUACAUACUUCGACCGACGACUUGAAAGAGGUUGGCUGGCAGCCGCAGGAAUACAAUGUUACUUCGACGAACGCUAGAGGGCCUUUUGGAAAGAGCAUGGAGUUGACAAACAUUGUCACGAACCCCUUCAAGAAGGGCUGGUCGGGUGAUGCAGACCAUGGCGGUGAUGCCGGACUAGAGUUGUGGGUUCGCGGCGACCAUCAAGAUGGUCUCGUUAGCGGAGCCGAGCUUGUCACAAUGCGCAACGACUCUCUACUUGGAAGCUUCCGUGUCGGCAUGAAGCUGUCGAACUCCUCGGGAACUUGCGGCGCUUUCUUCUUCUACCACAACAACUCGCAAGAAAUUGACAUGGAGUUCCUGUCUCACCAGUUCAACAACUCCCAAGGCGCCGUAAACCUCGUUCUCCAAAGCCCGGAAUCCGUUACGCACGGCUACGCUGCUCAAGGAACAAACGGCUUCGAAGUCAAGGCUCUCCCUUUCCGUCCGGACGAACUGUUCCACGAGUACCGUUUCGACUGGACCCCUAACCGCGUCGCCUUCUACGUUGACGGUGUAUUCCUCCACGAGAUGACCGAGAACAUUCCCACGGAGAGCGGCGGCAUUUUCCUGAACCACUGGAGCAACGGUGACCCAUCGUGGUCUGCUGGACCCCCGGAUCAAGACACCGUCAUGACCAUCUCGUACAUGAAGUCAUACUUCAACUCGACUGAUACCGAACGCUCGCAGAACGACUACAAGAAGCGUUGCCCGACAUAUGACCCCGCCAAAGUCUGCGCCAUCCCUAACCAGAUGAGCCCACCGGAUCAGAGCAAGGGCCCAGAGGCAGCGAAAACCUACUUCUUCUCGCAAGAUGGAGACGAUAUGACACCCGGUCAAACAACAUACACAGGUAGCGCGACCAGCACAUUCGGUGCGCAAUCAUUAUCGAUCGUGGUCCCCUUAUUCGUCACACUUCUCAGCUUAACGCUGGCGUAA